AGGCCUUCUUGCACCAUCUUCCUCCACACAGAUCACACCCACAAACCACAAAUUACAAGAAGAGAGAGAGAGAGAGAGAAGAUGAAGAGUGGUGCAUACUAUCAAGUUGUGUGCGUUGCGUUGGUGCUGAGUAUAGCAUCAGGUGCAAUGGCACAGAGCGCUUCGAACGUGAGGGCAACGUACCAUUACUACAACGCGUCUCAGAACAAUUACGACUUGAACGCCGUAAGCGCUUACUGUGCUACAUGGGACGCCAACCAGUCCCUCGCUUGGCGCAGCCAGUACGAAUGGACUGCCUUCUGUGGCCCUUCCGGUCCCACCGGCCAGGCUGCCUGCGGCAAAUGCUUGAGUGUGACCAACACUAGGACUGGGACAAAGCUAACAGUGAGGAUCGUGGAUCAGUGCUCUAAUGGAGGUUUGGAUUUGGACUGGAGUGCGUUCCAGAAGCUCGACACUGAUGGCAAUGGCUACCAACAGGGCCAUCUUAUCGUCGACUACUCGUUCGUCAGCUGUUGAUCAUCGAAUGAGCCACUUGUCUACUACUAGUAUUAUAUAUUUAAUCGAUUAAAAACUAGUGGUUUUGAUGUUGUGAUCGUCACCAUGUAAACGCAUAAAUAAGGAAAGCAACCCCUUUGUUACUCCUAAUAAAAUUCAAAAACAUGAAUGCUUCCACA